AUGGAGUUCAGGUCUCUUCUUCUAGUGCUCUUGUUGACUUUUAGCAUCCAUUCCGGGGAAACUGGAGAUUUACCCAGAGUUACAGUGAGAGUAACACCAGACACACCCGUGUUCACUGGAGAGACAGUCACUCUGAAGUGUGAGAUAGAAGAACAAUACAGAUCAUUAAAUUUGAGUUUUCUGUUGACUAGUCGCAGAACUUCAGUUUUUAACUCUGAUCAUUACACUGUAAACACAAACACUCUCACUAUCAGAGGAGUUACUCCAUAUGAUCAGGAUGAGUUCUGGUGUAGCACAGAAAUACAUGGACAAAAACCUUCAAGCACUGCUGUUUAUGUCACAGUGAAGGUUUUACCCAGAGCUACAGUGAGAGUAACACCAGACACAUCUGUGUUCACUGGAGAGACAGUCACUCUGAAGUGUGAGAUAGAAGAACAAUACAGAUCAUUAGACUGGAGAUAUCUGUGGUAUAAAGACAGAACUGUGAAUCCAGUGUUUUCCUCAGACUCAAACAUCUUCACCAUCAGUUCAGCAUCUGAUCAGGAUGAGUUCUGGUGUAGAGGAGAGAGAGCUGGACGCCCCUCAUCCUCACAGGACAGUGAUCAUGUGACUCUCUCUGUUAAAGGAUCAAAACCAAAAGCUGAACUCACAUCAGAUACUGAAGGAUCUGUACUGACGGGAAACACAGUGACUCUGACGUGUCUCAUGAAUCAGUCCACUGGAUGGAAGUUUUACUGGUAUCAACACACACAGAACACUGAGAAGAACACAACAGAAGGAAUCUACUACACAAUUCACAACAUCACAGUUUCAGAUGGAGGUCAGUACUGGUGUAGAGGUGGAAGAGGGAAUCCAGUCUAUUACACAGACUACAGUGAUGUUCUGUGGAUCAAUGUUUCAGCUUCAAGUUCUUCAUCUCAUGGUCUGAUGGUUGGAGUGGCUGUUGGAUUGAGCUUCAUGUUUUUGAUCAUUUUCUUGGUUUUCCUGUGGUGUUACAAAACCAGAAAAGGUAAAGUGUCUGAGUCUCCCUCUGGUGUCAGUCCACAGCAGAACAUCAGUCAGACAUCAGAUCAGAAACACAAUGAAGACGGAUACACUCCACUGCAGUUUGGAAAUGCUCAUAUUUAUGACUCUGUUAAUGCAGCAGAUAAUAAAAACACAAGCACAGCAGUGACUGUGAGCGGCCCCAGUGAUGAACUGUAUUCACAGGUCGACACAAAGAAUAACAAACAGAAGAGCAAAGAUAAUGUGAGUGGAGCAGCUGAUCUCACCUAUGCUGACAUUGAACUGAAACCUAAGAUAGAAGUGAAGAAAAAUAAAGAGAAGAAAGACAUUACUUCUGGAUCAAAUGAUGUGACUUAUGCUCAGAUAAAAUAAAACAACCAGUGGAGAAAAAGACAGCUGUACUCAAACCUUCAUGAACAUCACAGUAAAUGCUUGAUAGUCUUUCCUUUUAAUAGCCACAUGUGGUUCUGUUAUAAACACCAGUGCACUGUUGAUACAGUUCAUUGGCUGGAGACACAUGUAUGACAUGUAUCAGUGAUCCCUUCAGAAUAUUUUUAUUAACUUUUAGUAUGAAAUCUGGUGGAGAUAGAAGGCAACAUUUAGUCAAAUUGAAAUUUUCAAGCCUGUGCUUCAUUGUUUCUUGUGAUGAUGAGUGUUGCAAAAAUGAUUUUAUAUCACCGCUUCGCUGCAGUAGAAUGUCUGUAAAUGCAUCUUUUUAUGAUACACCAGAGGAAGAGAGAGAAAGUGUUCAUGUUCUUCAUGUUUAAUAAUAUCAGUACUGUGGGUUUGUGUGAGGGUUGGUUUUGACAGAUAAGAUGUAGUAAAUAUCAUACUUUUAUGUGAUAUUAGAAAACCGUUGUUACUUUACUGUACUUCAGAUCUCUCUAAGAACAGUUGUGCUAAAACAACCCAUUUUGUGUCAAGUUAACGAUAACUCUUUAAAAAUACAUCUCUUUAUUAUUUCUGGGAACAUCUUUGUUGUUUUCCCUUCCAUUUAUUUCCCACAAACAAUGUGUUAAUUAACAUUUCUUAUUUCAGAGUUUACGAAGGUCUUGAAUUGUAUUUGUGUGUGAUUUCUAUUUUAACAAAAGGCAUUUAUUUAUUAUUUCGUAUAACAGGUUGUACCCAUAUGGUACAAGUGUAAACUAAUUCUUAAACAUUCAUGAUAUAACAUUUGAGUCUACUUAUGACUCCGCUACACAAUAAGUGAUUUUGAUAGCAUUGUUAGUGAACUUUUAUAUACUGCAUACUUUGCAAUAGUUAAGUUUUUGUUUUGCAAUUAUCACACUUAAUUAACAGUUUUAUACGUUGUUUUUAAUUAUGUAAAAAUGUAGGCCUAUUCUGUUAGAAGAAGUGGUUGUAUAUGUGGUGUAUUCCCAUUCAAGUUAAUAAUUAUAUUCUUACAAUAUUCAAGUUCUCUGGAACUUAAAGAAGCGAGGAAUUUUGGUUCAGUUUCUUGUUUUGCAAUCAACACUUGUGAAAGUGCUUAUGUGGCAAAAUACUCCAAGUUUCCUUGUGAGAGAGAGGUCCUGAGACACCUGUAUGAGACGUUUAUCAUUCCCGCCAUCAAGAAGAGAGAUGAGAAUGAUCUCUGCUGUGACGCUGUGUUUGUGUUAAACAGUUCUGGAAUAAGAAGUGAUUUAAACUGUGCGGUGGCUGCAGUCGACUCUCAGAUAAAUCACAGAUGUCAGUCUGUCUGGCUCAUGGGCCUUUACAUCUUCAUUCAUUUCUCUUCUUUAUAUUAACUGUUGCUUUUGUUGCUUUUAUUGAUACAUCCUGAUGCUUUUGGUUUUUUUUUUUUGUCAAGGACAUGAAUGAAAAGUUCAUUAUAUCAAAUUAACUGCAUACCUGACACAACAAUGCUCUCCUAUAAGUGAAGUUAAACAUGUUUUAAAAACCCGUUGGACAAAUGUAAAACAGUAAGAAUAAUCCAAAAGCAUGUCAAUAAACGCAUUAAUACACUACACAGACAUUCUGUUUGUGUGUAGUUCUUAUUUAAAAGUGAAAGUAAGACCAUAAAAAACAAUGGAAAAAUUGGGCCCCUUGAUACUCAUCCC